AUGCAAUUGCAAGCCUUAAAAGCAUAUGCAACUGCAACUGUAUCUCAAACUGCAGAGGUAACUAAAAUUGCACAUGCCACUGUAACCGCAACUGAACAAGCAAAUGCAACUGCAACUGCACCUAAAACAGCACAUGCAACAAGAACUGCACAUGAUACUGUAACUGCAAAUGCACGUGAAACUGCAACUGCAACUACAACGGCUUCCGCGUAUGCAAUUGCAUCUGCAACUGCUGCUAUAACUAUAAAUGCAUCUGCAUCUUCAUCUGCAACUGCACAUAAAUCUGCAGCUGCAAAUGCAAAAACUGCAACUGCAAAUGAACCUGCCUUUGCAUAUGCCACUGUAACUACAACUGAUUCUGCAUAUGAAAUUGCCACUGCAACUGCUGCUAUAAAUACAAAUGCAAAUUCUUCUGCAUCUGCAACUAAACAUAGAACUGCAACUGCAAAUGCAACUGCAACUGUGCUAGCUACUGCAUUUGCUACUGAAACUGAAAUUACAAUUGCACAAGUUUCUGCAACAGCAACUGCAAUGGCACAUGCAACUGCAACUGUACCUAAAAAUGCUACUCUAAAUAAGACUUAUACUCCAUAA